AUGUCUUUCUCACAAGUUACUAAUCCUGCCCAUACAGAACAUGAGACAACUGAUAAUACUAUUGAAGAAAAUAAUACAAAUUCCACAACUGAAACUGUGACUACAACUGAUCAAGCCUUGGAUCAAGAAUCCAAAUCAGUGACUGAGUCGUUAAAAGCGGAUCAAGCUUCCGAUUGGCAGGCCAUUUGGGAUGAUAAUGUUCAAGCGUAUUAUUAUUGGAAUACUGUCACAAAUGAAACAACAUGGCAAAUUCCCAACAGUAUAUCAUAUACAGAAGGCUCAUAUUAUCAAUGUCCUUCAAAUGACUCAACGAUUUCGGCUGACCAAGCUGCUAGUGCUACAACUGCAACUGAAGAAUAUUAUCAGUAUUAUUACGCGCAAUAUGGGUAUUAUCCUGAAGGAUAUUAUUAUGGCUACGAUACUACCUCCACUGCUGUGACUGCUCCUUCUGAACCACCGAACCCAUUGGAAUCCAUCCUUGAUAAAAUUGAUACUGAAGUUAAGUCAAAACUUGAUGGUAGUAGUUCUUCAUUACCCUCUUCCUCAUCUAUUUCUCAACACAAUGAAUCCAAUGAGCAAUCCAAUGAGCAACCCCAAGAACAAGAACAAGAAUCUUCAACUUCAGACGCGAGUGCUUAUUAUCAAUACUCUCAAACUGCAGAAGAUUCAGAUUAUAAUUCCUUUCUUGCUCAGCAUGGAAAUGAAGGUACAGAUUACACUAUAUCUGCUAGAUUCAAUACGCGAACGGGUAAAUUUCAGCGUGACCCAACCUUGACACCAGAGAAAUUUUCGUCUGAUGCGAAAGCAAUCCGGCAAAUGUCUUAUUUCUUUGAUUAUGAGAGUUUUGCUGAACAAAGAUCAAAGAGAAAAGGAUAUUGA